AUGUCGGAGUUCAAUAACUGGGAGCCUGUCGACAACAACGAUCAGACUUCUGCACACUAUGAUGUGGGAUCAAGCGAUUCCCCCGCCACAGUUAGAGGGUCGGACAACGACUACACAGACCGCUACAAAGCAUCUAGGUCUCCAAUAAGAUCGCUGCAGAACUCAAGCCGCAAUUCCAUCACCUCUGUCGACAACCAAGGCUUGAAGUCUUCCCCCGCGGAUCCUCAUCUCACCGCACUAGAUCCAAUCACCGGUGUGACGAGCUCGUCUUCCAAAAACGGAUCAGCACUGAGUUCUGUAAACCAGAUUAUUGUAUCGACAAAGGAUGCCAAAGACUUGAAAGAAACCAAAGAUCUCGAAGAAUCAAAAGAGCUUGCGAUACCUGAAGACGAAGAAGACGUUUCCAAUAACUCAUUUUUCAAUAGCAUGUUGACGUCACUCAGCUUUAAAGGAUCCACCUCAUCAGCAGGUAAACCAAUCAAGCAUUUGCGGACCAGCUCAGACUCUAGUGCUCAGCCUGUACCCAACAUAAUAUCCUACCGCAAAGCAACUCCCUCGAAAAAAUCGAGACGUUCUGUAAGUAACGACAGCAACGUACCUUCUUCUCCGCUACAAGAGAUGGAGAAGCCAGAUGAAGUGGUUCCAGAGUUCAAUAAGAAGUUUUACGUUGAAGAACGAUUUGCAGGCACAAUCUAUCAUUAUGCAACUGAAGAGAGAAACGCAGAGCUCCACCGCAUUUUCAAGUCAGUACCGGAUAGCGAUCGACUGCUUGACGAUUUUAGUUGUGCACUCAGUCGGGAAUUUCUGUUCCAAGGAAGAAUCUACGUCACCGAAUCCAACAUAUGCUUCAAUUCCAAUCUUUUGGGAUGGGUCACUCACAUUGUUGUCUCCAUGAAAGAUAUAAGUCUUAUGGAAAAGACAUCUACAGCUGGUCUUUUCCCUAACGGAAUAUCAAUUGAGACCCGACUAGGAAGACAUCAAUUUGUCAGUUUCAUUUCGCGAGAUGCGACUUUUGAGUUUAUAAAGGCAGUUUGGAGCAAAUACAAAGGAGGUCAUUUAGGUGAUAGCUUUGAAGCCACUAAAGAAAGGCCCCUGUCGGGUCCUGGAGGGGACCUUCGCAGGUCGCAUAGCGACUUGAUAGCUACUACAUUGACGACAGUGUCGCCUCAUGAACCGCCCAGUCGCUCUUCAAUAAUCAGCGAAAACAAUGCAAUUAUCGAGGAUGCUAUUCUAUCCGUCGAUGACAUCAUUCCUACCAUUCAAUUUGGUGGUGAUAUAACACUCGAUGACAAUAACGACAACUACUAUGACGACGAAGACGAUGAAGAUGACAAUGACAAUGAAUUGAACUCUGACGAAAAUGAUGAGGAAGGUGAAAGUUGCCAUGAUGACAAACGUAUGACUUUAUUAGAAAAAGGUGAAGCCAGCACAAGUGCAAGCAACAGUUCCUCUAUAAGAAACACGAAUUAUCCUGAGCAGAAAGCUUACUCUUUAAAAGUCGAUAGCGGCUUCGAGUACGACGGACCAGGUUGUUUUCACGAGACCAAGUUUUCAUACAAACCAGAAGACAACAACGAGACGAUUUUGGCGGAUAAAGAAUUCAAUGCUCCGCCGGGAGUCAUUUAUCAACUUAUGUUCAGCGGCACCAAACCAGACUUUUUAGCAAAAUUUCUGGAAGGCCAAAACUCUUCGAAUUUGUCACCCAUCACAGCUUUCGACAAUGUCAAUAACGAUGGUGACAAAUAUCGGAAAUACAAUUAUUCCAAAGCUCUGAAUUUCUCUGUGGGCCCCAAGUCUACGAAUUGUGAAGUUACGGAAUCUCUUCUCAGCAUGGACUAUGAAAAUGUCAUCGACGUUGUCAACGCUACAAAGACCCCCGAUGUACCCAGUGGAAACAACUUCAUAGUUAAAACCAGGUACAUGCUGCGAUGGGCGUCGGAGAAUACAAGUAAUCUGAAGAUCUCGUUUUGGAUCGAAUGGACCGGCGGAAGCUGGAUCAAAUCAGUGAUCGAAAAGAGCUGCAAGACUGGUCAGAUUCAGGCGACAGCCGCAUUGAUCGAUCUUCUUGAUGCUUAUGUGGAAAAAUUUGUUAGUAAUUCAGCGACCGGUGCCAAACAGUUGUCGUCGAAGAAACAAGCUCAAUCCAGGCGUCUGAGCCGGAUUUCCAGUAAGUCGGAAAAACCUGCCGUAACAUCUCCUGUCGAAACAUCUAAUAUUCCGACAUCAGCAAAUAUUCAGCCGGAUACCGGUUUUUUUUUCCCUUCUAUCACAACCAUCUUAGUGUGCGUAAAUCUGGUGUUACUGGUGGCUGUCUUGUGGCGCCAGCAGCAGAUUUUGAGCUUGCUUCAAAAUAAGACCAUAAGCUUAGCAGGUGAAAGCGUGGGCCCUGUCAAUCAAAUGGUAUCUCAUUUUAAGGCCCUUUUCGAGGCCGACGCAGAGAACAUCCUGCUGGACGGAUCGGACCAAAAUGGAAGUCUGCCACGGUUUACUAUAAAAGAUUGGAUUGACAAGCAUGGUGGAUCUGAAGAGGCUUUCAAUUUCGAUCUUCAAAAGAAAAGACAGUAUCAACGAUACAUGAGGUAUAUUGUUGACCAACUCAUUGACGGGGAAGUGUCCGUCAGCGAAACGGAGGACUUUUUAUACAAAUUAGACAAGCUGGUAAGCUUGGUGAACAACACAAAGAAUAACACUGAUGGGGCCGCUGCAUCCGAACUUAGAAAUGCUAUAAAUUACUUGAUUAAUGCGUAA